UGACCCAGGGCGGCGAGUCCCGGGCUAGAGUGCUCCCGAAGCCGGCUACUCAGGCGAGUCUUGCCCAGGCCCACAGGUUCCAUGGCGGCGCGGCCGAUGUCCCGGAUGCUGCGGCGGGUCCUGAGGUCCAGUGUCCGGAGCUGCAGCUCAGGGGCUCCCGUGACGCAGCCCCGACCCGGGGAGCCCUCCCAAUCUGCGGCGGAGGAGCUGUCCGGGCGGAGGCAGUUCCUGAGGGAGCACGCGGCCCCCUUCUCCGCCUUCCUCACCGACAGCUUUGGCCGCCACCACAGCUACCUGCGGAUCUCCCUCACCGAGAAGUGCAACCUCCGAUGCCAGUACUGCAUGCCUGAGGAGGGGGUCCCACUGACGCCCAAGGCUGACCUGCUGACCACAGAGGAGAUCCUGACCCUUGCUCGGCUCUUCGUGAAAGAAGGCGUGGACAAGAUCCGGCUGACGGGUGGAGAGCCGCUCAUCCGGCCCGACGUGGUGGAUAUCGUGGGUGAGCUGAGAGCCUUGGAUGGGCUGAGGGCCAUCGGCGUCACCACAAAUGGCAUCAACCUCGCCCGCCUGCCUCAGCUCCAGAAAGCUUGUCUCAGUGCCAUCAACAUCAGCCUGGGAUACGCUGGGUCCCAGCCAAAGUUUGAGUUCAUCGUCCGCAGGACAGGCUUCCACAAGGUCAUGGAGGGCAUCCACAAGGCCAUCGAGCUGGGCUACAGCCCCGUGAAGGUGAACUGCGUGGUGAUGCGCGGCCUGAACGAGGACGAGCUCCUGGACUUUGUGGCCUUGACCGAGGGCCUCCCCUUGGACGUGCGCUUCAUAGAGUACAUGCCCUUUGACGGUAACAAGUGGAACGUCAAGAAGAUGGUCAGCUACAAGGAGAUGCUGGACACCCUCCGGCAGCAGUGGCCGGAGCUGGAGAAGCUGCCCGAGGAGGAAUCCAGCACAGCCAAGGUGGGGGCAGCCUGGGGCUGGGAGGGGGAAGUUCAGGAAAGCUGGCAGGGGCCGCGGGCGGUCAGAGAGCAGCGAUGUAGGGCAGUGCCAGUUAGCAGGACGCCCUUCAGUGCCAGCACAGCAGCCUCCCUUCUCCCAGAUCAAGAGGAUAAAGAAGCGGCGGGCGUGGGACAGGGGUAAAGUGACUUGACAUAGGACACACACCAGUACGUGCGGGAGGGGUGCUCGGUCUGCUCCCCUACGGGCCUGCUCUGGCCGCGGUGCUCCGG